UAUAAAAUUGCGGAAAAUAGUUUUUUUGGUAGAAAAUGAAUGUAGUAUUAAAAAAAUAGUUCUUGGAUUGUUCCUUGAGUCCCGGGCGAAUCGUGCCUAAUCCGGCCCAGCAUUCACACUCAUUCAAUGUAUCAAAUCGUAUAUCUCACUCCAGCAAAUGUAAACGAUACUUUGAUCUUUGUCAAGCGUGGAUCCGCGUCCAGGUUUCUCGCUUUGAACCAUUCAUGAGCGAUAUUUUUUCUCUUUCCCCCAAUUGACAAGACGCGGCGCGUCCUUUUCCCUCACCAACUUUUAAAAUACAAACAUCUCCCUUCACAAUUUUAUAAAAGUUGGGUCUAGCUAGGCUUUCGCACCCAUCUCUCUCUUUCGUCUAUUAUAAGGCGACAAAUCACGUCCCUCUCUUUCGUCCCGCUACCUAUUUACGUUCGUUCUAUAAAAACUACCCUCUUUAGAGAGGCGGGGGUGCUAAUAUUCGGCACUCAACGAAAAACUUUCACCAGUCCGACAGCAACUUUGAAAUGUGCUACACCAGUUUUUAAAUCGGUCCUCUCUCCAGUGUUCAGUUCGUAUCGGUUUAGUGAUUCAGUUUUUUUGGGACACCCAUGCAUCUGCCGAGCGGCCAGCAAGUACCAACCAUGACGGAAAUGUACUCUUCUUUGCAAGACACCCUGCAGGAAUAUCACGGUGAACUUAUACAAACGGGCAGCCCCGCGAUUCUAUGUAGUGCUUUACCGACCCAUUGGAGAUCGAAUAAAAGUUUGCCGAUAGCGUUUAAAGUGGUGGCCUUGGACGACGUUCAAGACGGGACUGUAGUGACAUUAAGGGCUGGAAACGACGAAAAUUUUUGUGCGGAAUUGAGGAACUGUUCGGCUGUUAUGAAAAACCAAGUCGCGAAAUUCAACGAUCUCAGAUUUGUCGGCAGAAGUGGCAGAGGAAAAUCUUUCACCUUAAUCAUCACCAUCUCUUCGGCGCCUUAUCAAAUCGCUACAUACACCAAAGCCAUCAAAGUAACAGUGGACGGACCCAGAGAACCAAGAACAAAGUCAAAUUACCAAUACGGUUAUGGCCUUCCAGGAAUGCCUGGAUCAUUUAACCCUUUCUUCCUGAAUCCCGGUUGGUUAGACGCAACCUAUAUGGCAGCGUAUGCUUGGCCUGACUACUUCAGAAGGUCAAAUAUGCAACAGCCAAAUGUACAUCCGUCUUUAGUUAAAGGAUCACCUCUUUCAACAUCUUUACCACCAACAGCCAGCGAUGUGUUUCUUCCGCACGUAGGGGCACCACCAAGUCUUCACCACAGCCACCUUCUUCCACCAAACGGCCUGCCAGGAUUCCAAGACAUGCCCAAGCUAAAUCUGGAACCUCUCCAGUUCAGAUCGGUACCACAAUCACCUCUUGAACAACUAUCGUUAAGGCUAUCACCGAUGUCCAGCACCUUGAGUGUUAGCCCGCAGCCUUCGAACGUGCAGCAAGAGACCAAAAUCCACUCCACAGUGGAUCAAUCAGCUUCCGAACCAUCUGAAGACGAAGAUAUCGACGUUGUUAAGUCGGCCUUCGUACCAAUCAAGCCGGCGAAUGUGAUGCUUCAGGAGAUUCAGCAUCCCGAUUCAACAGUUCAGGAUAAGGAACUUUCGAAGAGUGAAUUGAAAGCGCCAAGUUCUAGGACUGUCAGACAACUUAUUGACUCGAAAUCGCCUUCAAGUACCAAGUUGCAAAGUGCCCCAACGAUAAGCACUAAAAAAUCGGUUUGGCGACCGUACUAAGUUUACGAAUUUGUGAUGUACGUUUUUUCAACAUUUUUUUUGUGUUUGAGAAUUUCGAUGGUUUCAGUUGCAAUAUUUUUAUUGGUGUAUAUUUAUAUAUAUUUGUAGAAAAUAAUUUAUAUAAUCGAUGUAUAUAUGUAAAUGAUGAAUCGUAUUGUAUAUAACCUGUAAAUAUUGUGUUAGUUCAUUGAAGAAAUUUUAAUAAAUUAUAAGACGCUGCAAAUUGUGAUAGCAGAAUAUAGUUCUUAGAUAUUUUUGUACAACUUAUUGAACUUUAUCUGUGGAUAUUU